GCCGAGCGCCCGCCGGCCCAGCCCUCCUCCCUGCCGCCGGCGCCGCCCGGCCGGGACGCUCGCGCAGUCCGCGGGGUUUGGGUCGCUGGGGCCCCCAGGUUCCCGCACCCCGAGCUCAGCUACGAGCCCCCACGCGCUCCCACGCAUUUGUCCUCUGUGUCCCCGAGCCCCGGCCACGUAGUCCGCUCCUCGCCCACGGGCUGGGCCUAGGUCACACCGCGCGUAAUUGAGAGGUUUAGAAAGAUGCGGUGGCCCAUUUUAAAACAAAGCCCAAUUAUUAGCGCUCGGUGCUAUUUAUGCCGGGCCAGUGUCAAAUCCUCCGAGCGCUGCUGGACAACCAGUACCCAAAGGAAACGUAGGAAGAGAAAGAAGAAAGAAACCGGCCCUGGAGCCAUCUGACCCGCUUUGAAAUCCCCUCCCCAAACCCUUCUCCUUCCCGUCCUGGCUGCGUUAGCUUGGGCAAAGCUCGGGGCCUCAGUCUCUUCCUCCGUGAAAUGGGGUAACUGCGUGCUUGGUGAUUCUACACGAGGAGCGACGCAGGUCGCAGGGACGUCAGUGCUGGGGUCCUACACCUCCAGGACCCCACCUUCCCACGGCCCCUACCUCCGCCCGGCCCCGGGGGCUCUUGGGCUCAACGCGCGGCGCUGGCUCCAAAGUGCGUCACGGGCACCGGCCGCGCUCCUCCCGCAGCCAGGGCGAGGCUGGCGCCGGGCCAGCGCGGGCCGGGCCAGGGGUGCCGGGCCGUCUCCGGGGCGGGGACCCAGGAGUGAAAGGCGCUCAAGUUGCGCGGUCCUUGGUGCGCUGUUGGGGGCGCCCUCCGAGGCGGGCAGCUCGCCAGGGACCGGCCCCCGCAGCCGCCCGGCGCGCGAAGGCUGCACUUUCCCUUCGGCCCCCCUCGUUUCCUCUCGCGGGGAGGCAGCGGAGAUUUCCUCUCGGGGAAACUACGCGGAUCCUUCCCGGGGCUCCUCGCCCCGCCCCACUUCUCCGCCCCCUCCCCUUUGCUGGGGAGCCGGGGCUGGCCUGCGCUGGGAAAAGGCUCUGGCAGCCUGAGCCGGGAGGUGGCGGGGGGCCGCGGAGCCGCAGGCCAACGACUCGCCCCGCCAUGUGACGCUGCCCUCUGCCCAGGGACCCCCUUCGCGCCCCGGGCCCGCGCCCGCUCUAGGUCGCGCCGGGCACCAUGCUUCUGCCUGGACACGCGCGCCCGCCGCCCGCGCCGCAGCCCGCGCAGCAUCCCGGACCCCGCAGGCAGGUAGAACCUCCCGGGCAGCUCCUGCGCCUCUUCUACUGCACUGUCCUGGUCUGUUCCAAAGAGAUCGCAGCGCUCACGGACUUCUCCGGUUAUCUAACCAAACUCCUGCAAAACCACACCGCCUAUGCCUGUGAUGGGGACCAUUUGAAUCUACAGUGCCCUCGGCAUUCUACGAUAAGUGUCCAAUCGGCAUUUUAUGGGCAAGAUUAUCAAAUGUGUAGUGCCCAGCAGCCUGCCUCCCAGAGGGAAGACCACGUGGCCUGUGUGGCUCCCACCACAUUGCAGAAGGUGCUGGAUGAAUGCCAGAACCAGCGGGCCUGCCACCUCCUGGUCAAUAGCCGUGUUUUCGGACCUGACCUUUGUCCAGGAAGCAGUAAAUACCUCCUGGUCUCCUUUAAAUGCCAACCUAAUGAAUUAAAAAACAAAACCGUAUGUGAAGACCAAGAGCUGAAACUGCACUGUCACCCUUCCAAGUUUCUCAACAUCUACUCUGCAAGCUACGGCAGGAGGACCCAGGAGAGGGACACCUGCGCCUCCGAAGCAGAGCGGCUCCCCCCCUUUGACUGCCUGUCUUACUGGGCUUUGCAAGUAUUAUCCAGGAGGUGCUACGGGAAGCAGAGAUGCAAAAUCAUGGUCAACGAUCACCAUUUCGGGAGCCCCUGUCCGCCAAGAGUGAAAAAAUACCUCACUGUCACCUAUGCCUGUGUUCCCAAGAACAUACUCUCAGCGAUUGAUCCAGCCGUCGCUAACGUAAAACCUUCUUUGAAGCAGAAAGAUGGUGAACAUGGUAUAAACUUUGACCCAAGCAAACCGAGGGUUCUGAGGAAAGACGGCAUUAUUGUUAGCAACUCUCUGGCAGCCUUUGCUUACAUUAGAGCCCACCCAGAGAGAGCCGCGCUGCUGUUCGUGUCCAGCAUCUGCAUUGGUCUGGCACUCACAUUGUGCGCCUUGGUCGUCAAAGUGUCCUGCACCAAGGACUUCAGGGAGCUGCAGCUGGCGAGGGAACAUCUGGUGCCAGAGAGUGACAAGGCUGAGGAAGACAGUGAGGAUGAGGACGGGGAGGAGGACUCCUCUGACUCUGAUUUUCCAGGAGAACGGUCUGGGUUCUGUAGGACUUCGUAUCCUGUCUACAGUUCCAUAGAGGCUGCAGAGCUGGCAGAAAGGAUUGAGCGCAGGGAACAAAUCAUCCAGGAAAUAUGGAUGAACAGUGGUUUGGACACUUCACUCCCAAGAAACAUGGGCCAGUUCUACUGAGAAAGAGACAUGUCUUCAUGUGACCACACUUUCUGAAGAGGGAAGGAUCCAAAAUGCCCCUCCAGUUCUGUUUCACUUGUACCUUCUAUGAAGGAGUAUUUGUCAUGUCAUCCAAUACUGGUGAAGCCAGAAGCCAUUAAAGGGACAUUUCAAACAGUUUACAGCACAUUUCAAAAUAAAAUAGGAGGGAAGUCUC